AGCAGACGACGCCAAUCAGCUGAGCGAUUUACCAGAAAAAUCAAGUUAUUAUUGACCUAAUGAACGAUUUUCUUGCGUUUUCUCCCUUAUUUCUCUGCAGAGAAGACUCAUACGAGUGCACUCGGCAGAUGGGGACAGCUUGGACAUCUGUUUUAGCGUAAUUGGUACUUCAAAUGUCUAUUGCAUCUGCUGCAAGAAUGGCUUCCUGCAACUGCUUCCUCUACUUUGCCUAUGGCUCUAACCUCCUCACCGAGCGCAUCCACAUUAACAAUCCUUCAGCUAAGAUGGUGGACAUCGGCAAGCUGAAGGACUACCGUCUGGACUUCAACUACUUCAGCCAGCGGUGGCAGGGGGCAGCUGCAACCAUUGUGGAGGACCCCGGCAACCACUUGUACGGAGUCCUCUGGGAGAUUGCCAAUGAGGACAUGAAACACCUGGAUAAGCAAGAAGGUGUUGACCAUGGUGUGUACAAAGCCAUUGAGGUUGAUGUUGAGGCAUCGGAUGGGAAGAUGGUGAAAGCUCGCUCAUACCAGCUGAUACGGCCCCUGGAGAAAGACCGACGGCCGUCUUUUGUCUACCUGGACGUCAUCUUGCGAGGUGCCAAGGAAAAUGGACUUCCCAAGGAUUACAUAGACUUCCUGGAGGGCAUCGAACACAAUGGCUACAAGGGCAAGGUGGAAGUCAACCUGAAUAUUAACAAGCAGAAUGCUGAUUAAGUGUCGGCAUCACUACGGUCUGAACUGAUUGCUCAGUUCUAUGGAAGAGAUUAAGCAUCUUGAAGACUGAAGAUGUGGAAAUUUAAAUUGUUAAGACUGUAUUUUAGUUAGGUGUUUUAAAUGUGAGUUCUGAAAUGUUGGUCUGAGAUCAGCUUGUAUAAUUUAUUUUUGAAUAUCUAAGACAAUAGAUACUUUCUUUGAUGUAUUUAGGUUAAAGUAUUGAUGUAAUCUAAUAACCUUAUAUACAUGUUAAUUUAUGAAGGUGAUGUAAGUAAUGGCAUCAUAAAAAUAUUACUAUUAUUUUACUCAUAUUUUACUGGUAAAGUAUUGUGUUGUGUUCUAUUUUAUUAUUUCUAGUCAUUGAAUAUAGGUCACUGUAUAUUGCCAUGCAUUUCACUGUUUCAUGGCAGCUGAGAUUUGAGCAGGUGCAUCGGUUGGAGAUUGAGUAAGAGAAACUCUUUUCCUCAUUUUUCUCUCGGUUUUGAGAUGGUGACUUUACUUUCUUGAUUGCUCUUUGUCCAGUAUAAUUUACAUGCCAUUUGUAUGUGAAAAAUAUUUGGUGAGAGGAGAUUUUGUUCCCAUCCACGUUUUUACGGUAGCAAUAUCACUUAUAUUUCGUUGACUUAAAAAAAAAAAAAAAAUU